AUGAAAGCUACCAAUGGUUUGAGCAUUACCUCCCUUGACCCUUGGUUAAAACCUUUUGAACCUCGACUUCAAGAAAGGAAUUCUAAUUUUAAAAGUUGGGUUGACAAUAUAAACAAAAAUGAAGGAGGUUACGAUCCGUUCACAAGAGGUUAUGAAAAAUUUGGAAUAAAUGUUGAUAAAAAUGGAGACAUAAUUUAUCGAGAGUGGGCUCCCGGCGCCCAAUCUGCAAGUUUGAUUGAUAAUUGGGAUAGAAAAGCACAUCCAAUGAAAAAGGAUUCAUUUGGAGUAUGGGAAGUUAGAAUUCCCGCUAAUGAUGGAAAUCCCGUUAUUCCACACAAUUCUAAAGUAAAAAUAUCUAUGAUUACUUCAUCAGGAGAAUGUAUUGAUCGUCUUCCAGUUUGGAUCAAACGCGCAACUCAAGAUUUAUCCGUAAGUCAAGCAUAUGAUGCUGUUUUUUGGAAUCCUCCUGAGAAAUAUGUAUGGAAAAAUAAAGCUCCUCCAAAGCCUGACGGUUUAAGAAUUUAUGAGGCUCAUGUUGGCAUAUCGUCUAGUGAGAAACAUAUCGCCACCUAUGAUGAAUUCACGGAUAAUGUUUUAUCCCGUAUUAAAGAUCUAGGUUAUAAUGCUAUUCAAUUGAUGGCCGUUAUGGAACAUGCUUAUUAUGCUUCAUUCGGUUAUCAGGUAACAAGCUUUUUUGCUGUUUCUAGUCGUUAUGGCACUCCCGAACAAUUAAAAAGACUUAUUGAUACCGCUCACGGAAUGGGUAUCUCUAUAUUGUUAGACAUAGUUCAUUCUCAUGCAUGUAAAAAUGUUCUUGAUGGAUUGAACUUAUUUGAUGGAACGGAUUAUUGUUUUUUCCAUGAAGGGGAAAAAGGAAGACAUGAACUUUGGGAUAGUCGCCUAUUUAAUUAUGGUAAUUGGGAAGUACUUCGUUUUUUACUUUCAAAUCUUCGAUUCUAUAUCGAAGAAUACAAGUUUGACGGAUUUAGAUUUGAUGGUGUUACUAGUAUCAUGUAUAAACACCACGGUAUUGGAACAGGUUUUGCUGGUGGUUAUCCUGAAUACUUUGGUGAUUCUGUAGAUGAGGAAGGAUUAAUGUAUUUAAUGUUGGUUAAUAUCAUCACCAUCGCUGAAGAUGUUUCCGGAAUGCCUGGACUUUGUAUUCCUGUAUCUGAAGGUGGUAUUGGUUUUGAUUAUCGUCUCGGCAUGGCUAUUCCAGAUAUGUGGAUCAAAUUAUUAAAAGAAAAACGUGAUGAUGAUUGGAAUAUGGGAAAUAUUUGCUGGACCUUGACUAACCGUAGACACAAAGAAAAAACUAUUGCCUAUGCCGAAUCACAUGACCAAGCACUUGUUGGUGAUAAAACCAUCGCCUUUUGGCUCAUGGACAAAGAAAUGUAUACCGAAAUGUCAGAUACAAAACCACUUACACCUAUUAUCGAUCGAGGUUUAAUAACUCAUGGUCUUGGGGGAGAAGGCUAUUUAAACUUUGAAGGAAACGAAUUUGGACAUCCUGAAUGGUUAGAUUUUCCUCGAGAAGGAAAUAACAAUUCAUACCAUUACGCUAGACGUCAAUGGAAUGUUGUGGAUGAUCAAUUGUUAAGAUAUAAAUAUUUAAAUUAUUUUGAUAAGGCAAUGCAACAUUCUGAAGAAAAAUAUAAAUGGUUAAGCUCUCCACAGGCAUAUGUUUCUUUAAAACAUGAAGAACAUAAAUUGAUUGUUUUCGAACGUGCAAAUUUACUCUGGAUCUUCAACUUCCAUCCAACCAAUUCAUAUCCUGAUUAUAAGAUAGGAACAGAAUGGGCAGGAAAAUAUUCAAUUGUACUCAAUACUGACAAUCCCAAAUUCGGAGGUCAUAAUAGAAUUGAUGAGAGUCAAAGUUAUUUUUCACAACCACAGGGAUUGUAUGGAAGAAAGAAUACUCUUCAGAUUUACAUUCCUUGUCGAGUUGCACUCGUUUUGUCUUAUAAUAAUCAUUAA